CGAUUAUCAAUGUAAUAUCUAAGGAUUGGUAGCAUAAUCUUACAAGUUAUUUCAUAAUUUGCUUUGUAAUUGCAUAAAUAAAACUAAGUUUGUAAAUUAACAUGUUGUUGUAAAUAUCAUGAAGUUUUUAAACAUUAAAUUUUGAUAAUACUCGUGAUUACUUCAACUAUAUCCUCCAUUAAUUAAUUCAUCUUUAUCCUCCAUUAAUUAAUUCAUCUUUCUUCUAGAAUUAUGUAUUUAUGCCGCUUUUGUUUAAAAUGUAUUAACUAAAAUUAACCUUGUGAUGAGCUGCCUGAUGGUCAUUAAUACUAAAAUAAUAAGGUUUUACCUUAAACAUCUAUACUUAUUUAGUUUCAUUCAAGUCAAACAAGAUUUACGAGUUCUUUUAUUUUGCAUUAUAUAGUUAAGUUAUAACUGUAACAAAAGCCAACACAUAUCAUUUAUAAUUCUGACUUUCCGAACGUAGUCACCUGUACUUUGUUCUAGACAUUACAAAAAAAUAAAAUAAACACUGAAUUCUCAAUAUUUGUUUCUUAUUACAUCAACUAUCUUCAAAUUAAACCUUAUUCACAUUUGCUCCUAGGAAUAGCAUAGGUUAUUCUGCAUAGUUUAAACUGUACCAACUAAUAUAUAGGCUAAUGUUUAAUUAAUACAAUAUCAUAGAGAUAAUCUUAAGUAAUGCAGACACAGUUAACACAGUUGAUAUUUUUACAAAUGAUCAGCCUGUAUAGUAUAAAUACUGUUCUUCAUUAUCAGUUAAAGAAUGAAAAAAAUCUUUAUAUAAUCUUACUACACAAAUAUAAUAAAUACUGGUUGCACCACUUUAAGCAAAUAAUCUUAAUCUUGUCAUGAAUUGUAAUCUUUACUGUCUAGUCUUGCUCAGUAAUAAAUAACCUACUAACUAAAUAUUUAAUUAACUUAGUCAAAUCUCACUAUUCUUGAUAGUGCUCUCUCACUUAUUCUAAUAUUAUAUUUUGAGGCUUCAAAACGAAUUAAUCUAAUGACUUAAAAGGUUUUAAUUUCAUUUGCUUGUGCAUGAUUGGACAGGCUAACAUUUAUCUAAAGGCUUUUACUUAUCAUAUCAAUUUACGAAGGAAUAAGACAUUACUUAUUAAUAAUGAGAAUGUUGAUUUUUUUAAUAGUUUAAAUAUAUUUCAAUUAUUUAAUUGGAUAUUUGCAAUGUCAUUCAUAUUGAUUUAUUUAUCAGCUGGUUCCAUUUUGUACAAUAUCAGCAGUGCUUAUCUAAAAUUAUUCACCAGAUGAUGUGCCGUGACUCUUAGAUAUAAUUUUAUUACAAGUUAUCUACUAUUUUAAUCUUUCGUUCCAAUAUCAAUGACUUAGACUAAAUCCAAAUGUCAUUCAAAUUAAAUUCCUAAUAAUAUUUAAAUAAAUUAUUUAGUGUAAUGUUAAGAAAAACAUGGUUUAGAAUUCAAAUACAUAAUUUUGUUAUUUGAUAUACAAAUUUAAUGUCUUGGAGAAUUCUCGGAAUGGUAUCAUAUUGAGGCAUACCAUCUUCUAGUAGUAAACUGUUAUACAUUCAGCUGAGUGGUGAGGAGUCACGGUGCAUACUGACCGGGAUAGUGGCACUUAGUGUGUGUAGUGUAUUUGUGGCAUGUCAUCAGCUGAAACGACAGCCGCCGCGGGCAGUGAAGACGCCCAGGUGCUCCUCGUCCUCCGUCGUACUGUAUCGCUUGGCGUCGCCAGGUUGAGCGAGGAGAAAGAGCGUGCGCCGUGUCUGGCGGAGUCAAGCGAUAGCAGUAGCAGCAGCAUGAUGUGGGCAACGCGCCGCCGUGUGGCGCUUGAUGUGCUCUUGGUAUGCUGGGGGCUAGGCACUUGGCUCGGUGUCAAUGGCCUUUUUGUGGAGUUACCGGUGCUCAUAGCGGUGCUACCCGAAGGCUGGACGUUGCCUUCUGCCAUGGUUCUUGCUGUGCAAUCUGCUAACGUCGGUUUACUUAUCUACGCAUCGCUGCGCAACUUCUCGCGGAUCUCUGAUACCCAUUGUAUCUACGGUUUGCUCGCUAUCGGUACAAUCGCCCUAUUCCUUAACUCACUUCUCUACUCGAAGACCGUUUACCUCGGAGGCGCCGAGAGAUCAAUAGCUUUUUUGGCUUUAACGUUUUUUGUCGCCCUUGUCGGCUGCACGAGCUCGGUGCUGUUCUACCCGUACCUGCGGCACUACCGCGACAUGUACCUAGCUACGUACCUCAUAGGCGAGGGGCUUGGCGGGUUCACGCCAUCCGUUCUGGCACUUAUACAGGGCGUCGGCGGCGAGGUGGAGUGUGUGUUGAAACCUGAUAACUCUAGUUACAUUGCGGUGCGCCCAUCUCCACGCUUCGACUCCACCGUCUACAUCACGCUACUUGGCCUGCUGUCGACCAUCAGUCUCAUCAGCUUCUGCAUUCUACACAACUAUCCUGGGUUUGCAUCGGAACGCGUAAAGGAGGGCGCUGUGGCUAAAGAGGACGAAGCAGCGCCAAGAGAGUCGCUGCUGCAACCGCAAUGGGUCGGGGUGAUGGUUUUAGUGCUUAUCUUAAACGCGGUCAAUAACGGCAUAAUGCCAUCGGUGCAGUCAUAUUCGUGCAUGCCGUACGGCAAGCGCGCCUACCACUUGGCUGCGACAUUGGGUUCAAUGGCUAACCCGAUGGCGUGCCUCGCUGGGGUGUGGCUGCGACCUUUGGCGGGUCGUUUCCUGGCGCCGCUUUUGGGGUUGAGCGCGGCACUUUUCGGCUAUAUCCUAUUGACGGCGGUGCAGAGCCCGACUCCGCCGAUGGCGGGUAGCAAAGGGGGCGCGGUAAUAGUGAUAUGUUGUUGGGUGUUGUGCAGUGGUCUAGUGUCGUAUGGCCGUAUGUGGGUAUAUGGGUGGUCGCGACGCGGAGGAGCUCGCGGCAUGCGGGUAUGUGGGGCGUUGGGACAGGUGGGCUCGGCUUUAGGAUCGCUCACGUUUUAUGCUCUCAUAAACUACACCACCUUUUUUCAACAGACGCCCGACUGCCCCGCGCAGCCGAUAUAGCGGGUCAUCUCAAAUGCUUAAAGCAGUGGUCCUGGAAAGAUAACUUUCUUCGAUAUUGUUAUAUCUUUAUGAUAAUUUUAUGAUUGUUUAAAAGUGCGGUCUUUUAUAUAAUGCUCAAAUGAGUUUUGUCAAAUAUAAUGUAACGUGAGCUCGAAGACUUAGUUGUAAGUAGGAAAUUAAAUUUAUAACGAAAUGAGUUGAUCUUUGUAGUAUAUUAUUAAAAUGAUACUGCCUUAUGACUGCGGCUAACACCGCUUCUAUCGUAAUUUAAACAUUAAACGUAUCGAAUACUGUCUAUAGCAUUAAAAGUAUGUAUGCAUUAAAGCCUAGCCUUAUAGCCUUUAAAAGUUGUUAUACGUUCUAAUUUUUUUUUGCAAGAAAUUCUUUUUCGAUGUUAUUUAUUUCAUAUUACUAAAUUCUUUGUUAUUAUAAAAAUUGUAUUUUAUUUAAAAGAUAGGCUAUCUAUGUAAUUUAGAGCGAUAAUUGUGCCUUUUCUCUCGUUCGGUGCAUGGUUCUCAUUCAUGGUCGAAUAUAGUUAACAGUGAUACAAAUUAGCUAAUAAAAUCUCAAAGCUGGGAUGGUGAAAAAUAUUCUUUUAAAGACUUGCCGACUCCGUCGGUAUCACGAAUUUAAGUUAUUUAAGGAUUAUGUUUUAAUUACUGAUUAUUCGGAGUAGACUAAUGUUAUGUGGUUAUUGUGGAUAUGAUAGUGUUGGUCCAGUACUGACAGAGCAUUCACAUUGAGGAAGAUGAAGCAGUAUUCAAUAUUUUUUAAGUUUGUCUCGAAAAUAUGUCGCGUGAGUGAGACAUUUAUUGUAUACAUGUUUGUGUAUAUUGUUUCCAUUUUCUUAACAGUGUCAGCGUUGCUAGAGACUACAAAAAUAUUUUAAUUAAUUUUUAAUUAUUAUUACUAUGUCGUUUAACACUUGUACGUUUAAUUUAUUAUUAUAAUAACUCAACUUUAAAAUCAUCUACGUUUAAAUUGUUACCAUUGUUUAUAUAAGAAUUUGGACAAAGCCUGUUGACCAAGUCCUAAAAAAAAAUUUUAUAACUCAGCGAUUGACUUAUUAGCUAUUAGUCGAAUAGAAAUUAAUAGACUCAAGUAAAGACAAACUUUUUUUUAUUAUAUGAUAGAAUUAGGAUAGAGUUUUAGCGCUCAACAUGAUUCCGUUAUGUCAUACGGGAGUCACAGUACGCGUUGAAUGUCUGAUUAAUACUAUAGAUCUAAUACGUUUACAUUGAUAUAACUUUUUGAUUAUGUAAACAAAUUUGUACUUAACAGUUGAUACUGUAUGACCUUGACCGAAAUGUCUCCAAUGAUGUGACAGGAAUAAAGUAGUAGCGCAGCAUAAAUCUUUAAUUUUAAUGUAUUGUGAUUACGCAUAAUUUUUUUACUUGUAUCUUUCGUUAUAUCUGUCCUCCAAAUUGUCUGUUGAAAUAUUGUCAUGCCAAUUGGGAGAACUUAUCAGCGAGUUAAAUAUAAUUCAUAAGAAUUAAUUAAGACGCGGUAAAUGCGUUUUUGUUCUUAUUGGAAAUUUAAUAUGAAAUGUAAUUUACUAUAACAACGUUAAGCGUCUUAAUAAAAAUGCCAUACUUAUACAUAGGGUAUAAGUACAUUCCAAUUGGCGAUAAUAAUACACAGUCAAUGUUUAUUUAAUUAUAUCUAUGGUAAUAAUGUUCCAAAGUAACAUUAAUACAGUGAGAGUAGAAGUAAGCCGGAUGAUAUACAAUUGUUAUUUUAUUUCAGAAACUAUGCAAAUAGAAUAUAUUUAUUUC